CGCCUCAUGAGGUUUCUGUUAUUCUGGACUCCAUUAGAGUGGCGGAUUCCAGCUUAGUGACCGGAGGGUAAAUUCGCCCUGCUCUGUGAAGAUGGGGUGGAUUUCGGUUGUCUUUUUAGCGGCACUGCUCGUCUGUGCCGUUGUGCCAGCUUUCAGUGGUGAGCACUCUCUGUUUUACACCUACACGGCUCUGUCUAAGCCUAUUGAUCUGCCUGGAAUCUACGAGUUCACUGCACUGGGCAUGCUGGAUGACCGAGAACUCGACUACUACAACAGCAAGACACAGGCUAAAAUUCCUAAACAGGAUUGGAUGAAAGAGAAGCUGGGACAGGAUUACUGGGAUAAAGGAACUCAGUCCCGCAAGAGCAAAGAGCAGUGGUUUAAGGUCAACGUGGACAUCCUGAUGGAUCGAAUGAGGCACAAUAAGUCUGACCUUCAUGUUCUUCAGUGGAGACAUGGCUGUGUGACUGAAGGUGAAAAUGGAAUCAGAAAAUUUGUGAGAGGAAUUGAUGAGUACAGCUACGAUGGCUCGGAGUUCCUCUCCUUUGAUGAGGAGAACUCCAGGUGGAUUGCUCCAGUUCAGGCUGCUGAACCGACCAAAAAGAAAUGGGAUGAAGUGCCCAUCCUUAACACAUACACCAAGAGUUACCUGGAGAAAGAGUGUGUGGACUGGCUCAUCAAGUUCAUGGACUAUGGACAAGAAGAAAUGAAAAAACAAGCUGAACCAGUUGUUCAUAUAUUUGCAAAGAAAUCAGUAAAGGACCCUAAAAGGUUGACCCUGACCUGCCUGGCCACGGGGUUCUACCCUAAAGAUAUUGAGAUGUAUUUGAGGAAGGGAAAAACGAAUCUACCUGAUCAUCUGGUAGCAACAACAGGAGUCAGACCCAAUGGUGAUGGAACAUACCAGCAGAGGAAGAGUGUGGAGAUCCUGGAGAAUGAGAAAGAACUUUAUGAUUGUUAUGUGAACCACAUCACCCUCAAGAAACCAAUAAUUACUCCACCUGGUGAAGAAAUCCCAUGCCUAGAUUGUUCUGGACCAAUGAUUCAGGGUGUUGUCAUUGGGGGAGUGAUUGGAGUUGUGAUCACGCUGAUUGUGGUUGCAGUUGUUGUCUACAUCCUUAAAAAGAAGGGAAAAAUCCGGAAAGGCAUCAGUAUGAUACACAGUGGGAAAUCUGACGGCUCAAGUGACACUGGAUCCAGCAGUAAUGGCUCAAAAGGGGCUGCAAAUACCCCAAUGCUGUCAUAAUCUGAACCAAAUAAUCCAGAUGGAGAGGUGUGAAAUUUACAUAAAUGCUGUGGAAAGAAUGUGAUCUCGCCCAAGUCGGGUCUUUUGGAACAGAUCUUUUUUCAAGUCACUGAUUCAGCCUUCCAUGUAACUGUCCAACCUUCAAAUGUAAUCAUCAACUAAUCAAUCACAAACUUCAGACCUCUGUUCACUCAGCUCUGAUGACCACUGAUGGAGUCAGUCAUUUUCCAGGCACUUUGCAAGAAAGCAGUUUAGAUUCUUUUCUAGCUCAUAGAUUUAGAAUAAAAGCCUGUAAUAAUAUGCACUUUUAAUGUUUUAGCAAAAAAUGUUUUGAAAUGAACAAGCUAAAAGCUAAUCUUUUUGAAAAUCCCAGUAACACUUCAUUCAUAUCCAUCAGCCUCAGAUAAAGAAAAGGAAGAAUAGCAUUAAGUCCUGCUGAGUGCUGUAAAGAAAGUUAAAAAUGUCAGAAUGAAUUGUUUUAAACAAAACAUUCAGUUACAAUCAAAAAUUACAAAUUAAGCAUUAAAUGUAAGUUUAAAGCAUGGCUUAUGAUCUGAAAACUUAUAGAAAGAAGACACAGGAAAAAUCAGCUCUGUUGAAUUGGAUUUAAUUAAAUUUUCACCGACUCUUCCUGACUGAAGGUGAAAACAUACAGAAUAGAAUAGGCUUUGCUUUUUCUGUCAAGCUUAUCAGAACUUCUCUUUUUGCAGUAAUAAAAUUAAAAACUGCUGUUUUUACAUUUUAAUCCAAUCGCAGCAAGCAGCUUGUGUGUUGCUUCUUGAUAACAGACAUGAGAGCUGGCAUUUUUCACUUCAGUACUUUUAUUAAGGUUUUAAAUUAAAUACGUUCACUUUAGUACUUUAUUAAAAAUGUUUUAUUUGUACUUUGCUAUUGUAUUACUUUUUAUUAAGAUCAGGGCAACACAGGUAUAGUCUCUAGGCUGAUUAACUGUUAUCAUAUGCAAGAUAUUUGUAACUGGAAUUUUAUGUAGAAUAUUCUGCUAACAGUUUGGCAAACCUGUGACUUGAACUGUAAACAAAUAGUUUUUAAGUUUGUUUUGGGAAUAAAGUGCUUUAACUGUCUAUAUAUAAUGAAUAUUUUUGGUUUGUGAUGUGUGAAAAGGUUUAUCUUUGAAAUCAUUAUUAAAAUAUAUUUUUCAGAAAUAAUAA